UUGACAGCUCCCCUAAUAACUAGCAGCGGCCCGGCCCCGCCCCCGCCGCGCCAUUGGCCGGCGGGCCGGUAUGCCGCGCUGCCAUUGGCUGGCCGCUUCCCCUGAGCGAACCUUUAGAACUCCGAGACACAAUAUUCUGUUACAUUGUAGCAAAAUGGCGACUGUCAUUCACAACCCCCUGAAAGCCCUCGGGGACCAGUUCUACAAAGAAGCAAUUGAGCACUGUCGCAGCUACAACUCGCGGCUCUGUGCCGAGCGCAGCGUCCGCCUUCCCUUCCUGGAUUCGCAGACUGGGGUAGCUCAGAACAACUGCUACAUCUGGAUGGAGAAGAGGCACAGGGGACCAGGCCUGGCCCCAGGUCAGCUGUACACAUACCCAGCGCGUUGCUGGCGCAAAAAGAGGCGUUUGCAUCCCCCUGAGGAUUCCAGGCUGAAGCUGCUGGAAAUUAAACCUGAAGUUGAUCUGCCUCUGAAGAAAGAUGGGUUCACCUCAGAAAGUACAACUCUGGAAGCUUUGCUGCGUGGAGAGGCAAUAGAGAAAAAAACAGACACUAAAGAGGAAGACACUAUACAAGAAAUCCAGAGGGUUUUAGAAAAUGAUGAAAAUGCAGAUGAAGUGAACGAGGAAGAAGACUUGGAAGAAGAUAUUCCAAAACGAAAGAACAGGCCUAGAGGACGGCCAAAGACCCCCACCUGGAAAAAAAUUUUCCAGAAAAAUGCUCGGGGAUCUGGAGGUGGCAGGAGACGGAAUGAUGCUGCCUCCCAGGAUGAUCAUGACAAACCCUAUGUUUGUGACAUCUGUGGCAAGCGUUACAAGAACAGGCCUGGGCUGAGCUACCACUAUGCUCACACCCACCUUGCCAGUGAAGAAGGUGAUGAAGCCCGUGAGCAGGAGACCCGCUCUUCCCCUGUCCACCGAAAUGAAAACCACAAACCCCAGAAAGGACCAGACGGGGUCAUCAUUCCCAAUAACUACUGUGACUUCUGCCUCGGAGGCUCCAAUAUGAACAAAAAAAGUGGCCGGCCUGAGGAACUUGUAUCAUGCUCAGACUGUGGGCGCUCUGGACACCCGACCUGCCUGCAGUUCACCACAAACAUGACUGAGGCUGUUAAAACCUAUCAGUGGCAAUGCAUUGAGUGCAAAUCCUGCAGCCUCUGUGGGACCUCAGAGAACGACGACCAGCUGCUCUUCUGUGAUGACUGUGACCGUGGCUAUCACAUGUAUUGCUUGAAUCCACCAGUCUUUGAGCCCCCAGAAGGGAGUUGGAGUUGUCACUUGUGCCAGGAGCUGCUCAGAGAGAGAGCAUCAGCUUUUGGCUACCAGGCCUGAGAGCUCCAGCAGUCAAGAAACACCUUGCUCCUGGUGUUGCCAUACCAGCACAAAGUUCCCAUCCAGAACACAAAGACACGACCCACAUCCAAAUGAACGGACACUCAAAUACAGGAAGAGGUAUCUGUGGUGUUCACUGUCACUAAUGCCAGACCUCCUGGGCUCUGCUAAGACUGUGUACUUUCCCAAUGAUCCGGAUGAAAUCUCUUCACUGCUGUGCAUGGUUGCUGCUUGCCAUUAACAGGCUUACAUGCAUUAUGGAAGGGGGAGGGUUGUUGUACCAACACGGAGAAGUCAAUUUUG